UUAAAUAAUUGUUUUUAGUCUUAUAUUUCAAUUUGUAGAUAGCAACAUACCAUUAUGUUUUGUUGGAGAUGACUAUGAAUUACCUGGAGUUAAUUGUGUAAUGAAAGAAAAUGUAGAUUCUGUAUUGCAAUUGUUGAAGAAACUUCAACCUAUUUUAACGAAAAAGGCUGUAUCCAUGAUAUGUGAUAAUUCCAGUGAAACUCCUUAUUUGACUGAUUCUGAGAUCAUGCAAAUGUUUACAAGUAAUAAAGUGACCAGUUUAGAAGUGAAAGAAGAUUUACAAAACGCACAAUUACUUGUCAUAAAAAAUCCAAAAUGGGGAAUUUCUCUUAUAGACAUAAGUGAUGAUAAUGGAAACUCUGGCAAUGUUUUGGAUUCCUUGGAAGAAUUAUUUUCUACUCGUUUAAAUGGGAAAGUUGGAAUGGUGAUAAUGAAUCCAGAGUUACCAAUGCAAUGUCUUGUUAAAAACAAACUUUUCACCAUAUUCUCCUCUCUUCUAAUUGUGUCACUUGGUAAAUUUUUGACCGACUUAUUAUGGGAAGAAAUUUGUUGAAACUAUAACUCGAUAAGGUUCUAUAAUAACAUGAUAAUGUUAUAUUUUAAAGUAUUACAUUUUGUUAUACAUACAAUUUUAGUAUCUUAAUACUGUAAUUACGUCGCAUUAGUAAAUUUUGCUUUUAUUGUUA